UCCCCGGGGCAGGGGGAGGCAGCCCCCCGCGGCCGCCAUGAAGCUGCGGGACGCCCCGGCCGCCUGCCCGUCCCUCUGGCGCUGCCUGCCCUGCCCGCCGGCCGAGCUGCGCCUGGACCUGGUGCUGUCGUCGGGACAGACGUUCCGGUGGUGGGAGAGCAGCCCGGGGGCCUGGACGGGCGUGCUGGGGGGACGAGUCUGGACGCUGAGGCAGGAGCGGGACCGGCUCUGGUACACGGUGUACGGCGACGAGGACGACGACGACGACCGCGACGGGCGUCCCGCUGAGGCGGCGAAGCCGGACGGUGCCGAGACGGACCGGGUCCUGCGCGACUACUUCCAGCUGGACGUGGGGCUGCCGGCCCUGUACCGCGCCUGGGGGGCGGCCGACCCCCUCUUCCGUAAGGUGGCCGAUGACUUCCCAGGGGUGCGGGUGCUGCGGCAGGACCCCGUUGAGUGCCUCCUCUCCUUCAUCUGCACCUCCAACAACCACAUCUCCCGCAUCACCGCCAUGAUAGAGCGCCUCUGCCGGGCCUUCGGCCGACGCCUCUGCCGCCUCGACGCCCGGCCCUUCCACGCUUUUCCCUCCCUCUCGGCGCUCACAGGCGCUGACACCGAGGCCCGGCUGCGGGCGCUGGGCUUCGGGUACCGGGCCAAGUUCAUCAGCGGGAGCGCACGGGCCAUCGCCGAGGGCCUUGGUGCCGAGGGGCUGCACCAGCUGCGCACCGUGCCCUAUGCCGAGGCCAGGAGGGUGCUGUGCGCCCUGCCCGGCGUGGGUGCCAAGGUUGCCGACUGCGUCUGCCUGAUGGCCCUGGACAAGGCGGAGGCAGUGCCGGUGGACACCCACGUCUGGCGCAUUGCGCGGCAGCGUUACAGCACGGCGCUGGGCGGCAGGAGCCUGACCGCCCGGGCCCACCAGGAGAUCGGCGACUUCUUCCGGGGGCUGUGGGGCCCCCGUGCUGGCUGGGCGCAGGCAGUCCUCUUCUGCGCCGACCUCCACCAGGGCCAGCAGCCAGCCGGCAGCCGGGAUCGGGCUGGGGGGGGCCGAGGCAAGGGCAGCCAUGAGGAAGAGCCCCCCUAGGGCCACCCCAGGAGGGACAGAGCCCCCGGGUCAGCGGCUGCGGGGGGGAUCGCUGCGCCUGCUCCCAGCCUGGGAUGCGCAGGGGUGUGGGCAGCUGCCUGUCCCCUGCCCACUGGGUGCUCGGGAGGAGCUGCUGCCCUGGGCAGUGAGGCUGGGGGGGUCAGGGCUGUGUCCAGCCCCCGCCCAGGGUAGAGCCGAGCCAAGCGGCGUUGGCCUCUUGCCUUUAUUACAAGCAAUAAAAUAGAAACAUCCA